UUUUUUCGAAGACUUCUGCUUGCUGCAGUUGCAGUAGAACUGUAGCCUCUCCACCCCACACUGUCGCACAGCCAUGGCGGACAGUGCUAGCGAGAGUGACACCGACGGAGCUGGGAGCAGCUCGGCCACACCGAUGUCAACCUCCGCUUCAAAUUCGAGCAAGCCAAGUAUAGCCAUUUCACAGUUUCGCUUGGAGGAGUUAACGAACCGCCUGGCCUCACUACAACAGGAAAACAAAGUUUUGAAAAUUGAGCUGGAGACGUUCAAACUCAAGUGCAAGGCGCUACAAGAGGAGAAUCGGGACCUUCGUAAAGCUAGCGUCACCAUUCAAGCCAGAGCUGAGCAGGAGGAGGAGUUCAUCAGCAACACCUUGUUUAAGAAGAUCCAGGCUCUUCAGAAGGAGAAAGAGACACUCGCCGUCAACUAUGAGAAAGAGGAGGAAUUUCUCACCAACGAGUUGUCAAGGAAGCUCAUGCAACUGCAGCAUGAGAAGGCUGAGCUGGAACAGCACCUGGAGCAGGAGCAGGAGUUCCAGGUCAACAAGCUGAUGAAGAAGAUCAAGAAGAUGGAGAACGACACCAUCGCCAAGCAGCUCACCCUGGAGCAGCUGCGGCGUGAGAAGAUCGACCUGGAGAACACGCUGGAGCAGGAGCAGGAAGCGCUGGUCAACAGGCUGUGGAAACGCAUGGACAAGCUGGAGGCUGAGAAGAGGAUCCUCCAGGAGAAGCUGGACCAGCCUGUGUCGGCCCCGCCCUCCCCGCGGGACGUCUCCAUGGAGAUAGACUCUCCGGAGAACAUGAUGCGUCACAUCCGCUUCCUGAAGAACGAGGUGGAGCGUCUGAAGAAGAGCCUCCGCACCACCGAGCUGCAGCACACAGAGAAGCGCGCCCAGUACAUCGAGGAGGAGCGACACAUGCGAGAGGAGAACAUCCGCCUGCAGAGGAAGCUGCAGAGAGAGAUGGAGCGCAGGGAGGCCCUGUGCAGGCAGCUGUCCGAGAGCGAGUCCAGCCUGGAGAUGGACGACGAGAGGUACUUCAACGAGAUGUCGGCUCAAGGCCUGCGUGCCAGGACCGUGUCCAGCCCCAUCCCCUACUCCCCCAGCUCCAGCAGGCCCAUAUCGCCCGGUCUGUCCUACGGUAGUCACACGGUGGGCUUCACUCCCCCUGCCACCCUGUCCCGAGCUGGCAUCUCCCACUACAACCCCCCUGCUCUGCACGUCCACGGAAGCUCCGCCCACGCCGUAGCGAGACCAUCCCCAAGAAGAAGCGCCAGUCCUGACAAGUUCAAGCGUCCGACACCACCCCCCUCCCCCAACACGCACUCAGGGGCGCAACCUCUCCCCCCUCCGGCCCAGCCCAUGGUCCAGUCCAUGUCCUCCCCAGCAGCUAUGUCACAGCACGCCUCCCAGCCGCCCCCCUCUCAGCCCUCCUCCCAGCCUUAACACACGCGUGUACUGUGUCACGCCAAGCCCACUUGUGCAGCCUGGAAGUUUCAGCUCGUCCACACAGCACGUCUGGACAGGCCGGCAAACACAUUACCCCCAAGGUGAGGCCGCAAGGCACACCACUCCGAGGGGAACCGGACUGACUUAAAAACGCUGUGCUUUCUGGGAUUUGUAGGCUGUAGUCUGUUCACACCGUCUCGUACCUGUAUGUAUGCGUGUUAGUUUAUUGUUUUUUAUUUUUCGCUUCGGGACACUUGCCGAUUUGGAGUUGUUGUUGUUGUGGUGACUGAACAGCUGCGCA